ACCUACAUUAUUUUACGUUUUACAUUCUCCAUAAUUAAGUAAGGUUAUCCUUUGCCAGCUCAAAUAACUGAUCAAUAGUACUAGUUAAUUAAUUAAUUAAUUAAAUAGUAAUGGCAGGUAGACAGCUAUUCGUUGUAACUGGUGCGAGUGGAGGUUUUGGUUCUGCUAUCCUCCGACAGAUAAACGCACUGUUUGGUGACCGGGCCGUUAUAAUUGCUUGUGCGAGGAACAAAUCUAAGUUAGACGAGGUGAUCACUGGUUUUUCUGCCCAAGUGAAACAUAUCUCUGUGGAAUUUGGAGAACGUGAAGGGAUAAAAGAGCGGUGUCAGGCUAUAUUUGAUUUGUGUGCUGGUGAUGGUUUUCAGUCGGUUUAUUUGUACAAUAACCAUGGGUUUGGUGGAGAUGUGAGCAAACUUGCACAGGACUUUGAUGAUAGCACUGAAAUUGACGAUUACUUUUUCCUGAACUUAACUUCAUUCCAAGUGCUAACUUCUGUGUUUUUAAAGAAUUUCCCCGGAAUUCCGCACACUUGUGUCAACAUCUCUUCACUAUGUGCUAUUGUUGCUUUUCCUUCAAUGUCUCUUUAUUGCACUGGUAAAGCUGCAAGACUCAUGAUGUACAAGUGUCUGGCAGCAGAUAACUCAGAUGUAAAAGUGUUAAACUAUUCGCCCGGGCCAAUGUUAACCACUAUGACAGAGGCAUACCACACCGACAAGAUGAAGAACGAGGAAACUAGAGGGAAAUUCAAGAAAAUGAAGGAGGAAAACUGCUGGGUUGACACUGAUGAGUCUGCAAAGAAAAUGCUGGAAAUUGUUAAAGAUAAUAAGUUUACCUCUGGUGAACAGAUUGAUUUCUACGAUUGUUAGGAUAGAUUUUGAUGGUUUUUGAUGGUUUUGUAAUGUAGCGAGAUGGUAAUUGUAAUGAGAAUGUAACUUUCUCAUGUUUCAAUUUCAGUUUUAAGUUUUUUAAAUUUUGAAUCCAGGCAAUAAAUGUGUAAGCUAAUUUCACUUUUUAAAUUUUAGGGUAGGUACUAGAUUUAAAUAUUUUGUGGACUGUUUAAUUUUAAUUGACAUAUUUUAUUGUAAAGAAUGGAUAAGUUUUAUGCAUACUUUGACUAAAGAAUGUUGUUUAAUGGAAUGUUGUUCAAUGGAAUGUUGUCUGUAAGGUGAAAACUUCUUGUAGACCACAUAUUUUAUUCAUGAUAACAUAUAAUAGACAGUGUUAGAAAUGCUCUGAGCGAAAUAAAUAAAUUAAAUAACUUCGCCCAGAAUCGGUCGUUUUUUAGGAAUUUUUAUUGUUCACCCAUUAUUGAUGAUAACCAGUGUUUUUAUCGAAAUAUUUUCGUACAUCUUUAUUACGUUAUGAUAUGCCUUUGAGUUAACUCAAUUUAUGAAGUAACAACAAACUUGGGUUGAAAAUGCUUGUGCGAUCGUGAACACUGUUGCUACAUAUCAGUGGGCGUCUAAGUAGAAUUAUAUAUAAUAUUAAUCAGUACAAUUUUUAUUUUAUAAGCAUUUAUU